AUUAACUUUGUUGUACUUGUUUGCCAACUAAAUAUUAUGUCAUCAAUAGAUAGAUGCCUUUGUCUUUGUUUUGAACUCUAUGAUUACCGGUACUUUCUUCUGGCUGUUGUUGUUACUACUUUUUCUGUCUUUGGAAAAAGGAAAAAAAAGGGUCUAUUUAGGAUUUGGUUUUGUGUUACUAUGUAAGCAAAAGAUGAUGACUUGGUUUGUUGUCUGAUUGGGUGGGAAAAUCGUACUAUAGAAUCUGUUGCAUAGGCGUGGUUUGCGAUGGAGGAGUUCAAAGAAUUAUGCUUUUUCUUUUGUGCUUCUCUUUUGCUUGUGUAUGUGUUGAAAGCUGAUUGAGUUGCAGCACUGAUUAGUCCAUAGACCAUAGAGCAUGAAUUCACCAUCUCCACAGUUUGUUUCCUCAAGAAGGAUGAGUGUCUACGAUCCUAUUCAUCAGAUUAGUAUGUGGGGAGAGAGCUUCAAAACUAAUGGUAAUUUAGGAGCAGCCAUACCAUUAAUUGAUGAGGCAGACAUGAAAUUGGAUAGUCAGUCAGAGGAUGCUUCUCAUGGUAUACUGGGAACACCUAACAAGUAUGACCAAGAAGCUAAUAAGCCUAAUGAAAAGAUACAAAGACGUCUUGCACAAAAUCGAGAGGCUGCUCGUAAGAGCCGUUUGCGGAAAAAGGCAUAUGUGCAGCAAUUAGAAUCAAGUCGUUUGAAGUUGAUGCAGUUGGAGCAAGAGCUUGAACGUGCAAGACAACAGGGAAUGUAUAUAGGAGGUGGGUUGGAUUCUAAUCAUCUGGGUUUUGCUGGAUCUGUAAAUUCAGGAAUUACAACCUUUGAGAUGGAGUAUGGACAUUGGGUGAAUGAGCAAACUAGACAAAUCUCAGAACUGAGAAAUGCUUUGAAUGCUCAUAUUGGUGACAUGGAGCUCAGGAUUUUGGUAGAUGGUAUGAUGAACCACUAUGCUGAAAUAUUUCGCAUGAAAUCUGCUGCUGCAAAAGCAGAUGUUUUCUAUGUUAUGUCCGGUAUGUGGAAAACAACAGCUGAAAGAUUUUUCUUAUGGAUAGGAGGUUUUCGCCCCUCUGAGCUUCUUAAGGUUCUUGGUCCCUUGAUUGAACCAUUAACGGAGCAACAACGGUUGGAUAUCUAUAACCUUGGACAAUCAUGUCAGCAAGCAGAGGAUGCCCUUUCACAAGGUAUGGACAAACUCCGCCAAACACUAGCUGAUAGUGUAGCUGCUGGACAAUUCAUGGAAGGAACUUAUAGUCAACAAAUGACUAUUGCAAAGGAGAAGUUGGAAGCUCUCGUGAGCUUUGUGAACCAGGCUGAUCAUCUUCGCCAAGAAACUUUGCAGCAAAUGUCUCGAAUUCUUACGACACGUCAGGCAGCACGAUGCUUACUUGCUUUGGGAGAAUAUUUCCAACGCCUAAGGACUUUGAGCACACUUUGGUCUAAUAGACCCCGCGAACCUGCUUAGACUUGCAACAAGAUUAUAAGAGCGCAAACUUGUAACAUGAAUGUGAUGUGAUGAACAUGGGUCAGUUUCUUUGACCAAGAGCAUCAAAACCAUGUAUCAUGUGUGGUCUAGAUUGCUCACAUUUUUCCUGCAAUUUUGCGUUAUGGAGAAGUUGUAAAUAUGACUGCCCAUUUUAUGCAUAAGAGUUUGUAAAUAAAUUAAUUUUGGACGCGGUGGUAUAUAUUGGAUGGUUGCAAAAUGAAAUAUUUAGAAUCUGCCAUGAGCAUGUGGAAGUUGGUCAUGUAAAAUGUGUAUAAUAUUAUGUAGUUGUGUGUUUUUGAAAAUGAAUAGACUCUAAACUCUCUUUUCCGGCACAAUUUAUUUAAUGUGAUGAUAUUCCUGAAUAAUAUUCAUCAUAAUUAUUUCAUAUUUCUUCGAUGGAUGCUUGAGAGGUAAAUUUUUUGUGCGGUAAGGUUUUGCAACUACUGCCAGUGACAGUUACGUUUUAAUUUUAUAUUAUACUAAUUUCUUGAAACCAAACUUACACACCAGUUUACAUUUAAUGUCAAGAAGGAAAUUUACAUUGCAAUGAGGGGAGAAUUGGAUUGUUAUUCGUACUAUGUGAAAUACACAACAGCAAUAGAACACACACACAUUCAGUGUGUGCGAAAUACAUAAUUUUGUAAGCUUUACUUCCUUAUAGCAAAGUAGUCCAAUGAUCCUCGAGUAACUAGCAAGAUUCAUCAUCUUGAUUCUAUGCAGAAUCUCACAACUUGGAUAAAGCAUAGUCCAAGGCAUCCACAACAAAAUCUGCACAACAAGAGGCCAGUCAAUCAAUGGACUUAAAGAAAAGAGUCCAGAACUCCACAACUUAGUUAAAGAGAGUCAUGAUAAUUAUUUAUGUACCUGCAUCUUCUUUGGUGAAACACAUUGGUGGCUUAAUCCUAAAAACAUUUCCAUGCAGCCCUCCUUUCCCAACUAGAAUACCAAGCUCUUCAAUUUAUAAAAGUAAACAAUUACUAUAUUUGGAAGAAGUUUUAAAGCCUCAUAUGCAAGAUAUGAUUCUAUUUUUUUUUUUCUUUUUAUUCACCCAAAUUUCUUUCUUUUUUUACCUCUAAAUCUUUCAUGCAAAACCGUGGUUUCAGCCUUUGCAGGUGUCUUCUCUUUUCUAUCAGUGACAAACUCUAUCCCCACCAUUAAGCCUCUUCCUCUAAUAUCUCCAAUGACUGGCAUAGCAUAUAAAAACUAUUAGAAUAAUACAAAAAUAUUAUAGUAACAUCAUAAACAAUCCCUAAUCCAAGUUGAGCACUUAAGCCACCCCAACUCAUAUAGAUAGCUAGAAAAAGUGAGUGCAAAUAAAUAACUAGAAAAGGCAAAUGUAUCAUAACCUACUGUCAUGUACUUGCAUUAGUGAUCUUAAACGCUUAAUCAAGUGAGAACCAACAUCAGCACAAUGAGAUUGACGCUUCUCCUUGUCAAGAACCCUGAGCACUGCAAUUCCCCCAGCACAACACACAGGGUUCCCACCAAAAGUAUUGAAUUGAUACUUUUGGGCCAUCACACUUGCUAUUUCUGAAGUUGUAACUACAGCUGCUAGUGGCAAACCAUUGCCAAUACCCUGAAGCAUAUUAACAAUGGAAACAAAUUAUAUAGUGAUGGUUAAGAUUAUUUUAUUUAAACCUAAUCUUAGUUAUUUAUUUAUGGUUAUAUAAUCAAGAUUAGCUCCUGAAUGAGAAAUGCUCUCAUCUUAUAUGCAUCAUCCUAUACACAUAAAUAAUGAACCUCAUAAAAACUAAUGUUGCACUUCAAAUGCAUGAUUAAGGUGUAAAGGUCUCUAAGAAUAAGUUAAAACUUUAUAAGAUAAGAAGAGGGUCUAGACCUUAGCCAUGGUAACUAUGUCAGGAAUGACACCUUGAGUCUCAAAUCCCCAAUAAUUUCCUGUGCGCCCAAAUCCACAUUGAACUUCAUCAGCAAUGCAAACACCACCAGCAUUAUGUAUAAUGUCAUAGACCAGUUUUAGGUACCCGGGUGCUAGUUCAACUGCUCCUCCAGCUCCCUAG